AUGGCAUUGCUGCCAAUGAAUCCUCUAGCGUUUACAGUUCGUAGGCAUGAGCCUCAGCUAGUCGUCCCAGCUAAGCCAACCCCUCGUGAGUGCAAAUUACUCUCAGACAUUGAUGACCAAGAGGGUCACCGAUUCCAACCCCGAGCGCUCCAUUUUUAUAAACGCAACCCCUCCAUGCAAGGGAAGGACCCUGCUCAGGUUGUUAGGGAGGCAAUCGCUCAAACCCUUGUGUUUUAUUAUCCAUUUGCAGGUAGGCUGAGGGAAGGGCAAAAUCGAAAGUUAAUGGUUGAUUGUACUGGGGAAGGUGUGUUGUUUAUUGAGGCUGAUGCUGAUGUUACCUUGGAGGAAUUUGGUGAUGUGCUUCACCCACCAUUUCCAUGUCUGGAGGAGCUUCUUUAUGAUGUCCCUGGUUCUACCGAACUGCUGAAUUGUCCAUUACUGCUAAUUCAGGUGACACGCUUGAAAUGUGGAGCUUUCAUUGUUGCCUACCGGUUUAACCACACAAUGAGCGAUGUUGCUGGGAUAUCUCAAUUCAUGUCUGCUAUGGGAGAGAUAGCACGAGGUGCGCUUACUCCCUCAAUCCCACCGGUUUGGGAAAGGCACCUCUUGAAUGCUCGAGACCCACCUCGCAUAACAUGUGUGCACGACGAGUUCAACAAUGAUUCGGUUGCCACAAAAGGUACAACCAUCCUGACGGACAACUUGGUUAGUCGCUCUUUCUUCUUCGGACCAACUCAAAUUUCAGCUCUUCGUAGAUUUAUCCCCGGCAACCUUCGCUGUUCGACGUUUGAUAUCUUAUCUGCGUGCUUAUGGCGUUGUCGCACAAAAGCCCUGGAACUUGACCCUGACAAAAAUGUUCGCCUUGUGUGCAUUGUUAAUGCUCGCUCCAAGUUUAAUCCUCCAUUACCAUUAGGAUAUUAUGGGAAUGCACUUGGUUGCCCGGCCGCUUUAACAACUGCGGGAGAGUUAUGCCAAAACCCAUUAUCAUAUGCAGUAGAGCUCGUGAAACAGGCCAAGACAAAAGUAACGGAAGAGUACAUGAAAUCAACAGCGGAUUUAUUGGUGAUUAGAGGUCGACCAAAUAUCAACGUGGUUGGAUCCUACAUUGUGUCGGACUUAACACGAGCCAAGAUCAAAGAACUUGAUUUUGGAUGGGGUAAGGCCGCCUUCAGUGGACCAGCCACAAGUUUGCCGAUAAUAAGCUUCUGUAUACAAUCCAAGAACAAGGAAGGAGAGGAUGGAAUUGUGGUGCCAGUUUGCCUGCCAGCCCCAGCCAUGAAAAGCUUUGUCAAGGAGAUGGAUAGCAUUAUUAAAAUGACGUUAUCCCGUAUCUAA